GCGCUGUUCUGGCGUUGUCUGACUACCGCUAUCCGUCUUCGCCGACGCGGCUGCAGUGGGGACUUUGCCGCGCUAACCGGGCGCUUGCACCGCCGCGAGGCCUACGAGACCGCGAGCAGUUUGAAGAAUGUAUUUUGGGGACGUUUUUGCUACUCGCCCGCCGUUCCGAGCAGCGGGUUCGCCCGUCGCCUCCUGUUUUCCAGCCCAGCGUCGAGAUAUUUGCGUGCUGCGCUACGAAGGCGCAGCCGCUGUCAGGCCAAUUGUGAAAGAGCACACGCCCGCGCACAGAGUAUUCCUCCGCCUAGGAAUCCUUCAUCCGUUCAGCUAUAAACGUGCAAAAAACACCUGGAAGUAAUAACAGAAAUGCUGAAAUACACAUUCUGCAGCCUUAACACACAUAUAUAUAUUUCUUGGCGUACGGAACUUGGAUUAAUAUACUUUAAGAGGGACGGUCUACAUUCUGUAGCGUAGGAAGAAACGCAAGACUGCUCACCCUCAGGUUAUACUGCGCUGCACAGAACUACUCGUCUGCUACACUUCGACCGAGUCUUCGAAGCAGACGACGGAACCCCGGACGAAGCAUCGUCGUCAGCUUUUGUCGAGCACGUGGGGCAACCGGGCGUCGAAUAGGAUAGACAAAAAAAAAGUAUCCGCGUAGUGCUGCUCGCCAAAAACAUGGGGACCAUGCUUGCGGUGCUGUGCACGUUGGCCGGACUCGCCGAGAUCGCCCACUGCAAGCACAGACCGCGGGCAGCCGGGGACUCGUGCUGGGUCUCCACCGACUCGCACCUCUCCAAGAAACGGAUCCCGGUGCAAGUGGUCCGCCAGCUGAACAAGGCCCAGGACCUGCACGACGUGCUCCGCAUCUGUUCGGGCGGCACGAGCACAUCGUGGCGGCGCAUCGGCACCUACGGCUAUCUUCUGUGGCAGAUCCGCUCUUACGAAGGGGAUGCCAUGAUACAGCACCUGAAGGCGACCGGUGAAGCCACGUAUGAACGCAGAAAACUGUCGGACGCCCCACGAAACAACCGGGCGGACACCAUCGACGACGAGAUGAUGCUGGGUGAUGCGCCGGCUGAACAACGAAAGCGGACCCUGCGCCUGGACAAGCGGGCCGCGUGCAGCCCGAGGUCGGUGCCCGUGCGGGUGCCCCAGCCGCGGGAGCCGGACACCCUGUUCUACCCGACCUGCGCCGAGGUGGAGCGCUGCGCCGGAUGCUGCGGGCACCACCUGCUGCGCUGCAGGGCCAGCGCGUUCCGAAACGUCACCAGACAGGUGUUCGCCCUGCGGCUGGCCUCGAACAAGUCCAACGCCAUCAACUUCGAGGGCUUCAAGAACGUGCGCCUCGUCGAGCACACCCAAUGCCGCUGCGAGUGCAAGGUGCGGCCCCACCACUGCGGGCGGGGCCAGACGUACAGGGAGGACCGGUGCCAAUGCGUGUGCACCAAUGCGUGGAUGGCGAGCCAGUGCAGCAGUGACGGAGCGCAUGUCUGGGACGCGAGGCGCUGCGCCUGCGUAUGCCGACAUGCCGACACCGAGUGUUCCACGGGCAUGCGCUUCGAACAUGCGCUCUGCAGAUGUGUAAAAGAUCUCUACAACAUGGCAGUGAUGACUUGAAGGACUUCAGACUGUGCCCUUCUGAUGCUUAUCAAGACACACACUGCCUUUGUCACUACUCCACGAAUGUGCAUUUGCACACAGUAUUUCACAUUCA